AUGCCCAAUGAAGCUGAUGAAAUAAUAAGAGUUCAGAAUGGCUUCUAUAGGAUCUGCAGAUUUCCACGAGUCAUUGGAUGCGUUGACGGGACGCGCAUAAAGAUACAGUCACCAGGAGCUCAAGGUGGAGAAGUUUUUCAUAAUAGAAAGUCAUAUUUUUCUAUAAAUACUCAAAUAGCUGCUGAGCCAGAUUUGAGAAUAUUUGAUAUUGAUGCUCGAUGGCCAGGAUCUACCCAUGAUUCAACUAUUUUCAAUGCCUCCCACCUAAGAACACGCAUUGAAGGGAGACAAUUUCAGAACGCGGUGCUCUUGGGAGAUAGUGGUUACUAGCCGAAAGUCCUCCGAAU